CUUUAUUCUAAAUUCUGCAAGGUCUUCAUCCUUCAUUGUAAACAAUCAAGAUGAUAAAAGCAAAAGCUUCUGAAAAUAUACGUCUAUGUUCAAUAUUAUGCUCAGUUUUCUAAUCUCUUAUCGAAGGUACGAUAUUUACGCAUUGGAUAGCUGAUCAUGGCACAUUAUGGCAAACUCCAACUUCAGAAUCACUUAGUACCGCUUUAUCAUACUAUAGAAACCUAGUAUCCGCGCCAGAAUCUAUGAAAAUGAUAAUACCGAUAGUUGCAAGUAUAGGUAUGACGAGCUUAUUGAUUGGAUUAUAUAAUGGUUUUGGUGGUGACUCAGCAUGGGUCUUUGAGUUUGCCUCGUUAUUUUUAUUUAGUACUGCGAUCGCUGUUUACUAUUCCCACGCACUUGAGCCAUUAUCGAAUAUACCAUUAGCAGAUGACGAAAGAAUGCCUCCACCGUAUCAACAUCAUAACCUGCACCCACCAGAUCAUCCACCUUCAUUAUCACCAUUCGAUACUCCAGAUGUACUCUUACCAUCAACGCCGUCAUAUUUGAUUUCAUCAAUAAGAGAUAUAGCAGCAGCACACCUCCUAAGCGCCGUUUGUUUAACUGGUGUGCUAUUAUUCCUCGCUGGAGACGCUUACGUCGAUUAUGAAAGAGUAAUAAAUCAAGAUAUACAAGACCGAAAAAUGGUCUAAUUAUUUAAUACAAAUAUACAUAAUUGAUGCGAAUGCAAUGCUAACAAUAGUUUUUUGCCAUGUAUUAUC